AUGUGCCACACCAGCUGCUCCUCGGGCUGCCAGCCAGCCUGCUGCGUGCCCAGCCCCUGCCAGGCAGCCUGCUGCGUGCCUGUGACCACGAGCUGCAAACCUACUGUGUGUGUGCCCGUGAGAUGCCAGACCUCUGUGUGCAUUCCUGUGAGCUGCAGGCCUGUGGUGUGCACGGCCCCCUCCUGCCAGUCCUCU